AGAAGCUGCAUCAUCAUGUAUGCUAUAUUCACAGAACAUUCACCAUGGCUAAAUAGGAGAGCCAAACCUCUUCACCACACACUGAGUCUCCCAGUGCUGUACAACCCUACUGAUGCCAUAUACACACACUCCCCAGUGCUUCUGAAUGCCACCAUAAACUAUCACACCAGCAGUAUGAGUCGCAAGGGUGUGGGAUCUAGUGUCCAGAAAGGAGGGACAGCCUCUGACCAGUCUGAGACACCACUGGACAAGAGUAUCCUCAAAGUCCACCUUCCCAAUGGAGGGUUCAAUAUGGUCAAAUGUGGAGAUGCUACAGAUAUAAAGGGUAUAGUGCAUCUUUUGGUAGGUCGUCUGGCAGCAGGACAGAGGUACUUUGAGGCUUGCUAUGCCCUGUACCUGCGCCACCUUCAGACAGACAAGGGGUUCUGGCUCCACAGUGAUCUGACUAUGUACCAGGUCAGACAGAAGUAUGAAUCCAAGUACCCAGCAGAUGAAUGGAGGUAUGAACUAAGGGUCCGAUAUCUUCCCAAAAGCUUUCAAGAACUACAGAUCAGAGACAAAGUGACAUUCUAUUACCUAUAUGACCAGGUAUGUAUGCAUUUUGUGUGACCUGUUUAUCUUGAAUGGUGUUUAUA